CCUUGGAGGACACGCCGCUGCCUGGGCAGCCCUCGCCGGCGCCUGCGAGCUGCUGCUGCUGCUGCUGCCGCCUGUGCCGCCGCCUGCUCUGCUGCUGCUCCUGCUGGCGGCUCCUUCCAAGCAGGCAACUUGCGAGCCGGGAAGAGGAGGAGGCGGAGGAGGCGGCGACGGUGCCGGAGCGCGCCGGCGAGGCGAGGAGGGCGCCCCGCGCCGCCGCCGCCGCCAGCACCAUGCCGGCCAUCAAGCGCGAGCGGCCGGACCGCGAGGAGCUGGCGCUGGCCGCCUUCAACCAGCCCAUGGAGACCCUGCCGGAGUACGUGGUGCCCUUGGCCGCCGCCAUCCCCGUGGUGACCCCGCACCCGCCGCCCUACGAGCAGCUCUUCGCCGCCGCUGCCCACCACCACCACCACCACCCGCCGCCGCCCCCGCGCGCCUACCUGGGCUUCCACGACGCGGCCCCCCCGCCGCCGCCGCCGCCGCCGCACGCCGCCCACUCGCACCCGCACCCCCUCCCCGAGGACCUGAUGCUGGAGCGCUUCUCCUCCAUCCCGGAUUUCCAGCCUUUCUUCGACAACGGCGAGCCCUGCAUCGAGGUGGAGUGCGGCGAGAACAAGGCGCUCCUCUACAUCAAUAAGUUGUGCCAAGGCAGCAAGGGGCCCUCCAUCCGCUACCGGGCCGAGUGGCUCACCCCCAACGAGUUCCAGUUCGUCAGCGGCCGGGAGACCGCCAAGGACUGGAAGCGCAGCAUCAGGCACAAAGGGAAAAGUUUGAAGACGCUUAUGUCCAAAGGAAUCUUACAGGUACAUCCUCCAAUCUGUGAUUGCCCUGGGUGUCGAAUUUCGUCUCCAGUGAAUCGGGGUCGCCUGGCUGAGAAGAGGACUAUCCCCCUGCCUCCCACCAGGACCCCGAAGAAAGAGCUGCCCUCCAUUUUCUCACACAGCGACGACAGCGAAGAGAGUGACAAGGUCAACGGUCACCACCCUGAUGUCAAGCAGGAGGAGGAUUUGCAUAUUAGUAUCAUGAAAAGAAGGAUACACGCGCACUGGGAUCUGAACAUCUCUUUCCGCGAGACCUCUUGCAGCCGGGACAACGACCUCACCUCCUUCAUCUCCAACCUCCACCAGAGCCGGCAGCUCGUUAUGCCAGAGACCCAGAGCCGCUGCGAGUUCAAGAGAAGCAGUCUGGAUAUCAGCUUAGGAGUGUCAGAUGAAGUUUUAGGCAAGAGGCGAGCCUGUUCACCCAACAGCAGCAGCGAGUGUCCUCUCGAGAGCAAGAAAUCCCGAAGCGAGUCGCCAAAGGAGAACUCCCACACACCCCUGCUGGAGGGCGCCGUGACUCAGAUGACCCCGGAGGAGCACUACAGGCGGAUGAUGUCGGCUCUCAACGAACACGGCACCUUUGAGGAGCAGCAGCAGCAGCAGCAGCGCCUCUACCAGCUGGCCAACAGCAUGGCAGUGCCCAGCCACAGCGAUCUCCUCCGGGCGCGGCAAGAGGUGGCGGCCGCGGCGGCAGCACGCAACCCCAGCACCAUGGAGGCGCAUCUCCCUUCGGCCGGCAACUCCUCCAGCCAGCGCAGGAAGCAGGGCCUUCCCCAGCAUCGGGAUUCGCACUUCUCCGAAAGGGAGAUGUCCCACCCGCCACCCCUCCUGUCGCCUCAGAAUGCCCCCCACAUUGCGCUGGGCCCUCAUUUGAGACCCCCCUUCUUAGGGGUGCCUUCGGCGUUGUGCCAGACGCCAGGUUACGGGUUUCUUCAGCCAGCCCAAGCGGAGAUGUUUGCGCGGCAGCAGGAGAUGCUGAGGAAACAGAAUCUCGCCAGGCUCGAGAUGUCGGCCGAGAUCAUCCGCCAGAAGGAGCUGGAGAACCUCCAUCGCCAGAGGUUGCUGGCCGGCGACCCGAUGACCUUGCACCCGGGCCUGCCGCCGGACCACCCGGCCUUGCGCAACGUCCACGACAUCCCCGAGGGCCACCCACUGCGGGACGAGCUCUCGCGCAGGAACGCCAUGCUGGUGCUGCGGCACAACAACACGCCGCUCCUCUCGCUCAACCACCACGGGGUCCCCAGCGCCUCCCCCACGCCGCCCAAGGAGCCGAGCAGCAGGCGGGCCAGCCGGAAAGCGGCCCACCACCGAGGGGCCGAGGGGCCGGGCCAGGCCGAAGCCAAAGAGCUGUCCGAAAGCCGGGCCCCGGACGAGGAGAUGAAGGACUCGGAGAGCGACGCCGAGGCCGGCGACGAGAAGCCGGAGGGCCUGAAGGCCGAGGGCGGCGGCUCGGCCGGGGAGGCCAAGGAGGGCAAAGAGCCGGCCAAAGCCUGCGAGGGGGCCAAAGAACUGGGCGACUUGCCCGCCGGCCCCAACGCCCCCUGCAGCUCCUCCAGCGCCGAGUCGCCCAGCCAGGACCUCCUGGGCCCGGUCAUCAGCAAGGCCGAGGCCAAAUACCUGCCGCCUGCCUCCCUCCCGCCGCCUCAGCCGCUGCCGUUUGGCUUCCCGUACACCAUGAGUCCCUAUUUCCAUGCAGCCACCAUGGGGGGUCUCUUUUUGGACGGGGAAGAGAGCCCAGCGCUGGAGGACGUCAGCAAGUGGACCGUGGAAGACGUCUGCAGCUUUGUGGGCGGCUUGUCCGGCUGUGCCGAGUACACUCAGGUCUUCCGCGAGCAGGCCAUUGAUGGCGAGACGCUGCCCCUCCUGACGGAAGAGCACUUACUGAAUAACAUGGGGCUGAAACUGGGACCAGCGUUGAAAAUAAGGUCGCAGGUAGCCAAGAGAGUCGGGCGUGUGUUGUACAUGGCCAGCUUCCCCAUGGCCUUUCCGCUGCAGCCCCCGGGCCUGAGGCCGACUGACCGCGACUUGCCUCCUGCCGACCUGCGGCCGCCCUCGACCGGCAGCCCUUACAGCAGCACCCUCCUCCCGGCCAGCCGCAUCUCGCCAAAGCAGGAAAACGGAAACCCCUCCUUGCUGGCUGGGCUCACCGACGCAGCCAAGCCUCCGUCCUAACCGGCCCAUCCGGCUUGGGCCGCUGGCUUCCAGAACUGGAAUCUGCAGUCUGAAGAACCCCGAGGGGGGAACGAGGCCGUCAGCUGUGAGGUGGCAAGAGGAGGACGACGACAGCAGAACCUAAUCCAAAGAUUUCUCGGGAGCAAUUUUAACAGGACACACAGUUUUGGAGAGAGAGAGAGACUAUUCCCACCCCCACCCCCUUUGCCUUCAUGGAAAUGCAACUCUAGAGAACUGUUGAGGUGAGACCCACAACCCCUUCCUUCCCCCCAAUGCCCCCCCACCAGGGAGGAGAGACUCUGCCCCCCUGUGCCCUUGUGACGUGUCCCUCGCUGGAUGGAACCUUGGACCCAGUUCCUCUUUCAGGGUGUCUAUGCAGCGUUAACAACUUUUGAAACAAUACCAAAGACAGACGGAGUGACCCAAGGCACAAGUUCCGGUCCAUGUUUACUUCAGUUUGGAUGGUACAGCACAGCUACGUUUUGUGGGGUGCCAGUUUUUUGGGCUCUUUUGUUCUCCCCAACUUUUUGGUUGCUUGCAUUUUCUUCAGGGGUUUUGCUGCUUUAAGAUUUGCAGAGCGGCUGUGGUAGGAGUCCCCUCUUGGGCCAGCCCUGCCUGGACUUUGUUUUGUGGAAGAAAAAGAGGGCGAGAGAGGUGGAGACGCCGUGAGCGGUGCGAGGGAGGAUGCUGGAUUCUCCCCCCUACUUGAAAAGUUGUGUAUACAGAGUCUGUGCUUUCCAUUCUUAAUUUUGUUUUGUGCGUGUGUGGAUAUUGCUGAAGGGAGGGUCGUCGUGCAGAGGGAACAGGUACCCGGGCAGCAGCUCUGCUGCAGCAGGAAGCUCCCUGCCCUGUGGACAGUGGUGGGAAACCAUCCUGUGAUUGAUGCUCUUUCUUCUCUACUUGCCCUCUCUGUUUAAAACACCUACCUGCACGUUGGACUUUACCUUUCGUCGUCUUCUUUUUUUGGUUUGCAUUCUCAAAAAGAAAAAAAAAUCAAAACAAAGAUUGCUUGGUGGUACCUUAGGUUCUUUAUAUAUUGUAAAUGGUCAUUACCCAUCAUCACAUCAAGGCCAAUGCUUUCCAGCAAACUCAAUUUAAAGAUAAUAAUAAUAAUAAAAACAAAAUCACUUAA